AGGGACUUUCCUAUUCCGCUCGCAAGUGGGCGGAAGUAGAAGUCGUUCCUGAGCCGGCAUGGCGCCGUCUUGGUACUGGGGUCUCCUCCUGUGUCAGCUGGCUGCCUGGGCGAGUGCGGCGCCCGUGGACCCAGAAAAGAACCAUGGGAAGACGCUGGCGGAGAAUAGUCCAGAGUUCUCCAGUCAUCACACACAAUUAACACACUCGACUCAAGGUGCUUCAGGCACAGCCAUAAGUUCUGCAGACCCUAAAUCACUUCAGAUCACACAAAAUAAUCCGCCACAGGCACCUCAGCAAGAUUCUGGUAAAUCAAAGGGAACAGAAAAUUCAUCAAUUAAUUCCCACUCAGGUGGUGCUGAAUCCACCAAAACUGAGAAAGACAAAGAUAAGUCUAGAGAAGGUCAGACAGGCAUAUCUGAUACAUCAUCUGUUCCAGAGCCAAAAACUAAGCAAUCAAAGCAGGAAGAGGAGCUAUCAAUUAAAACCCCGAAGAAGUCUGAGGGUCCUGCUCAAGACUCUCGAAAAAUAGAUUCUGUUCAAACUAAAAAUAGUCAGGAAAAGCCUGAUGAUUUGGAAGAAUCUGAGACAGACGCUUCACAUCCAGAUUUAAACGCUAAGGAAGUAAAACCACCAAAAAUCUUAGAACCAAAAGACCAGAAUCUCCAGCCACGUCUGCCUGUUCAAAAACCUGCUUCUACAAAGGAAGAUUCUUCUGAAGUCAUCAAUGCUCAGGAAGACACCUCUUUUCCAAAGCAAAAAACUAAGGACUCAAAGCAGGAAGACGACCUAUCAAUUAAAAACCCGAAUGCCAAGUCUGACGAUCCUGCUCAAGACUCUCAAAAAAUAGAUUCUGUUCAAACUAAAAAUAGUCAGGAACAGCCCGGUCAUUUGGAAAAAUCUGAAACAGACGCUUCACAUCUAGAUUUAAACGCUAAGGAAGUAAAACCACCAAAAAUCUUAGAACCAAAAGACCAGAAUCUCCAGCCACGACUGCCUGUUCAAAACCCUGCUUCUACAAAGAAAGAUUCUUCUGAAGUCACCAAUGCUCAAGAAGACACCUCUUUUCUAAACUCAAAAACUAAGGAACCAAAGCAGGGAGAUGACCUAUCAAUUAAAGUUGUGAACAUCCAGUCUGAUGCUCAAGACCCUUCUUCAAACUUAAAUCCUGUUCCAGCCAAAAAUAAAAAAACUAACACCGACAUUUCUGAUCCAGGUUUUUCUGAAGAAGAGACAAAUGAUGAGGAGUCAAAACAAACGGAAGACACAUUAGCAAAAGACCAGGAUCCUCAAUCAGAUCUCCCUGUUAAACAUCUUCCAAAGUCAAAUCCCGUGGAAUCCAAAAAAGCUGAGGAAGAGGUAGUCGAUCCUGAAGAUGAACCAAAGAAAGGGUUGGGUGAUGAAAAGAAAAAGAAUGCAAAGCAUGAGGAAGAUUCUGAGGGGACACCCAAGAAUGGAUCUGAAAAUAGCCACUUCUUUGCCUACUUGGUGACCACCGCUAUUGUUGUUGCUGCACUAUACAUUGCGUAUCAUAAUAAACGGAAAAUUAUUGCUUUUGCUCUAGAAGGAAAAAAAUCAAAGACAGCCCGAAGACCCAAAUCCAGUGACUAUCAACGAUUGGAUCAAAAGAUCUAAACCCAGACUUUCUGCACGCUCCUGUGUCGCAUGAGAAACUCAUUUUGAAAACGGCACAUAGAAACACGGACGAUGUCCAGCCCUUCGUCAGUACAGCCUCAGAGCCUAUUGGCUGUGCUACUAUGCCUGGGGGGGGGGAGGUGGGGGCAGGGGAGAGCAACGAAAGUGCUUUUAAUUGUGCCUAUGCAACUUUGCCCAUUGUCAUGCCUCAUUUCCUCUUUCAAAGCUCUGGGCUGUUAAUUCCCCUUUCAGUGACUUGAUGUAGGGGUGUUUUUUCUCCCACGUUGUGACUCAGAACCAAAUCAAUAGGCAGUGCUCUGUGGCUUUCCUCUAAAUGAUGCGGUACUUACUGUCUGUGAAAUUGAUCCUAAGGAAUGUGGAAUGAGCAGGCUGACUUUGCCUCCUAGAUUCAGUGAUGUUAGAAUCAUAGUCAAUGUCGUGCGUUGGAGCAGAGUUUAUGCAGAUUGAUUCCUGUCCCUAUAGCGCCCUGUUCCGCUGAGGCACGCGUCGCCCGAUGCACUGAUUGAAUAUCUCCUGUCCAUAGACGGCAGUAUGGAGAAAGUGACUAUCCUGUACUUCCCGUCUUAAGUGUCAGUGUAGGUGAACUGACAGUGUUUUAAUGCUUGGCUUAACACAGCCCAAGUCUUGGGCUGAUCACUUAGAUCAGCUGCGCCUUUUCUGAUGCUAGGCUGCAGGUCAAUUAACGUGGCUUGAAGAAUGUCGGCUUUAAUAUUCGUCAUCCCACCAGGCUCUGCCAAGCAUCUCCAUUAAUUAAGAUCUUUCCAAUCCUCACCUCCGCAUUCCCAUGAUUGUCUUCAGAAGGAGAACAAUCACGUUGGGGGAACCGUUGUAAUCCAUUGCAAAUUGCACAAACCACCCAACGGCAAUAGGAGCUAUUCAGAAUCAAAAGUCUACUAUUCUGGCGGAAGACCGCCACUCACUUUUGAAUCCCAGAAAGGAAGUGCUUGUGUAAAUCUUUCAUGGGCCCAUUCCACCCCAUAGCUAUGCGAAGGACACAAAAAACAGGAGUAGAUCAAUGGCACCAUUUUAUAGAGAGGGGGCAGAAGAUGGCAGUUCAAGAGUAGGGGUGGUGCGUAUAUUCCUCUCCCCCUCCCCGCCGCCCAUCUGAACUCAGCACUGGUGUUUCUAUAAUUGCAUAGACAGUCCUGUAAUGUGAAGCAGCUUUUUCAUAUUGUCACUGGCUUGAAUUUGUCCUGUGGCCUUUUAUGUUUAUGUUUUGUAUGACAUGAGAAAUUUUCCGUUUUCAUUUAGUAGGUUUCAAAUAUCUUCAUGAGAAGCCAGGUUGCCUUGAGCCUUCAUCAAAUGAUAGGAUAGUCAGCCUGGGUUUCCAAUUCCCUGUCCACUUUCUGCACUUCUUUCCCUUAACUUCUGCAGGUGGUCACAGAAUGAGACAGUCACUUAAGGCCUUUAUGUCUUGAGGCAAGCCAAAGCAUUUCUGUAUAAAAUACUUCCUGCCGAUAGGAAGCUUCCAAAAGAAUUUUGGGCAACUCCUUAUCAGCUGUAUGGAUCUCAGUUUUCAAGGAGUUAGAAUGACAGAGAAGCAGUCAAACUGAUCCUCUUCCGUCAUCCAGCAGCUUGGUGUGCAACCUCAUUCUGGCUCUGAAGAGAUUAAGUCAAGAAAAUCACCUUACUGCUGGGUGAUCCUUUAGAUGACGUAAAUAGGGGAAGUAUAUUGGUAUCUCUGGGAAACCCAGCUGCCAGCUUGUGUGUGUGGUUAAUGUGUAACCUAACACAUGACAAAAAGUCAGAAGAACAGGGCCGUGGGAUGUUUCCAGGCCAUGAAAUGGCCUUUCUUACCUUGGAGCUAGCACAUGACUGUCAAUCUUAGUAUAACAUAUAAUUUUCUGGAGUGCAAUAGAAACUUUGAAGCUCUGAGCAUCACGGGUGGAUGACUUCUAUCAUUGAAACGCUUUUGUCACUUUAUUAGUUAUGAAGGAAUUGUUGGAACCUAAUCAAUUUUAUGGCAUUUUGAUUUUCGGCACGAGGUUCAAGUUUAAAUAGGUAAAAGCUUGCUUCAUAUUCUUUGUGCUCAGGUUGUAAUUUUUUUUUUUUUUUAAAUCUCAGUUCAGUUGAGUUCCAUUGCUGGAUUGUUCUCUUCCAAAUGUCAAAAUCAGCUCUCUUCCCCGUUUGAAACCACAAGUGUGUGUGUGUUUUUUGGAACUGGCCAGCUUUAAAAGAAAGACACCUUAAACGUUCAGAUUUAUUUUUUAAUCUUUGUAAUCUUAGUGAACAAAUAAUAAAUGGCUACACCACUGUU